AUGGCAUUAAUAAUACCUGGGUUUAAAAAUGAUUUUGCCGAUAAUAUGCAAAUAGUGGAAGGUUUUCAAUCAUCUGCUAAAGAAUUAAAUAUAAUAGAGUCAAGAGUUGAAGAAAAUAUUCAAAUAUCAGAUUUAAAUAAAUCAAUUUCAUAUCUUAUUCAAAACAAAUAUAAUUUAAUAAUAUUUUCAAACUAUAUUUAUUUAAAUUAUUCAUAUAGUAUUUCAAAUAUAUAUAAUAAUGUAUCAUUUAUAAUUGUAAAUAAUGACCCAAAUAGUUUAAUAAAAAAUAAUAUCGAUAAUAGUAACAGUAAUAUAAUAGAAAUAUACUAUCCAACUGCAUAUUCAUCAUUUCUGGCUGGUUUUGCAAGUGGAGUAGGAACCUAUUACAAUAAAAUUGCUUAUUUAACAAAUGGAGAGGAGGAUGUUUCUUUAUUAAAUAUGUUUUAUUUUGGUGCAAAACUAGCAAAUCCAAAUAUAAAGGUUUUAUAUUAUUCCGUUGGUAAAAAUGCAACUCAAGAGAUUGUAUCAAGUUCAUUAGAUUUUUUAAUAUAUAAGAGAGUAGAUUGUAUAUGUGGAACAGGGGUUUAUGAAAAAAUGAUUUUAAAUUAUGUUGAAGAAAAGAAAUAUUUAAAUUAUAUUUUAGCUCAAUCGAAUGCUUAUCCAAAUUUAAAUAAAGACAAAAUUAUUUUUAAUAUGGUAAAAAAUUGGACUGUUAGUUUGGUACCCAUAAUUUCAAGUAUAAAAAACAAAGUUGUCAACUCAAAUAAUAGUAACAGUGGUACAUCUCCAACAAUAACCACAUCGACAUUUAAUUUUAAUUAUUCAUUCUUUGUUUUCGAAUUUUCUUCAAUAAUAAAUUUCUAUCCAGCAAUUAUAUCAAAUCUAGAUAGUUUUAAUAAUAUAUUUCAACAUGAUUUUAAUGCUCCUUAUAAAGAAAAAUAUAAUAUUUUAAUAGAUAGUAAUAAACAAAUAAAUAUUAAUAAUUUCAAACUCGGAUAUCAAUGUGAUGACUUUAUGAAAAUUGAUGGUGAAUGUAUUCAAAAACUUCAAUUUCAAAAUAGAAAUUUUCAAAAUUUAGAAUUUUUAGGUGCUUAUGAUGGUACAGCAGGAAAGAUAAAAGAAUCAAGACCAAUAAAAAUAGGUUUUACCGUUGUUUGUUCAUUUUUUAUGGCAAUGCUAGUUUUUAUUCAAAUAUGUAUUUAUAAAUUAAAAAAUAAACCAUCAUUUAAAUCAGCAAGUCCCACUUUUUUGGUUUUUAUUACAAUAGGAGGAAUGUUGGGUUAUUUUGGAAUUAUAAUAUGGAAUAGUGGAAUAAACAAUUUUUCAUGUCAUUUUAAGUUUUGGUCCAUUUCGAUAGGGUUUUCUAUGAUGAUUGGGGCUAUUGUGGUAAAGAAUUUUAGAAUAUGGUUAAUAUUUGAUAAUCCCAAGUUAAGACAAAUUAAAAUUACAAAUCUUCAGCUAUUACCAUGGGUUCUAGGAAUGUUAUUGAUCAAUAUUUUUCUUCUGUGCUUAAUAUCUUUUCAUGGUGGUGUCAGUUCCUCAACUCGAUACGUAGAUCCAUUCAAUUAUAAAUCAGUGUGUCAAAUGAGCGCAAAAGGAAUGAGCGCUCUCUUUGUACUAUUGGGGUAUUUUUGUGUAAUUUUAUUAGUGGGUGUAUUUGUAUCAUGGAAAAUUAGAAUUGUAGAUAUCGAAGAAUUCAACGAAUCAAAAACCAUUGCUCAUACACUAUACUCUAUUAGUUUUUGCUUAUUAAUUAUCAUCCCAUUACUUAUAUCACAAAAAUCAAAUGUCAAUGUCAAUUUAAUAUUAUGUACCGCAGGUGUAUUUUUAAUAUCAGCUAUCAUAUUGAACAUGUUUAUACCCAAGUUUUAUGGUUUAUUUAUAUAUGGUGCCAAUGGUUCCAAUGAAAUAUUUAGAAGAAAUAAACCAGAAAUGAAAGAUGAUGGUAAAAAGAAUAAUAAUAACAACAACAACAAAAGAGUAAAUUUAUAUCUAUAUGACUUUACAGAUGAUGAAAGUGAAAGUAAAUCAUCAGCUAAAGAAAUGGAAGAGUUUACAAAUGUUUUUACCCAGCAACCAAAUUCAGAUGUUGGUAAUGAAAACACUAAUUAUGAUGAUCAAACUUUUACAACAGAGGCAUCAGAACAGCCAAACCCAACACCUAGAACUAAUAUUACAAACACACCAAGAACAGAUAUUUCGACUCCUAGAACAGAUAUGCUAAUGACACCAAGAACAUUUGCAAUGAAUACUCCAAGAAUAGAAUUAUCAACACCACGUUCAGAAAAUGAAAUGGUAAUGACCCCAAGACAAUACCACAACCAUAUUACUUCAUUAUCACCAAUAGUAGAAGAAGAAAAUAAAAAUAGUAAUGAAUCUGACAAAGAAGAUAAUGAAAAAGAAUCACAACACAUAGAAAUUAAUAUUGAUGAGGUUUUUAAUAACAAUAGCAAAAACAAUAAUAGCAGUAAUAAUGAAGAUAAAUAA